AUGGUUGCACAGCAUCAGGCGGCGAGGGCGGCGGCGGCGGCGAAGGAGGCCGAAGGGAUGAGGUCUAGAACGGAGGAGGAUUUGCUCGAUGUUCUUUUGAAUAUUCAGGAAGGUGGCGACGCCACGCUAGGGUUUCACUUGUCAACCGAUGCCAUCAAGGGCUUCCUUCUGGACAUUUUCCUAGCGGGAAGCGAGACCCCGUCCGCGCUGAUCGAAUGGACGAUGUCGAACAUGAUGAAGCAUCCGAAAGUGUUGCACGAGGCACAGUCGGAGGUGAGGAGAGUGUUCGGCGAGAGGGGCCGGGUCGACGAAGCAAGGAUGUGCGAGCUGAGUUAUCUGAAACUGGUCAUCAAGGAGACGCUGAGGCUGUACACUCCUGCGCCCCUGGUGCUCCCCAGGGAGUGCAGGGAGGAGUGUCGGAUCAGUGGAUACGACGUCCCUCUGAAGACGAGGGUGCUCGUGAACGCGUGGGCCAUCGCGAGGGAUCCUCGCUACUGGGGGGAGGAUGCCGAGGAGUUCGUGCCAGAGAGGUUCCUCGACAGCAAACUAAGCUUCAGGGGAACCGACUUUGAGUUCCUACCCUUCGGAGCGGGGAGGAGGAUGUGCCCCGGGAUGACUUUCGGGCUGUCAACGGUGGAACUCCCUCUGGCAAGCCUACUGUUCCAUUUUGACUGGAAACUUCCCGCUAGGGUUGAGCCGUCGAGCUUCAACAUGGAUGAACAGUUCGGCGUCACCUUGAGGAGGAAAAACCAUCUGGAGCUCAUCCCUGUGGUCCGCUAUAACCCUUUGCCCUCGGUUUAA